AUGAAAUCAUCUGCUGUGCUAGCUCGCUCGUCUUUAUCAUUGACAUCAUCGUCAUCCAGUUCUAUUUGGAGUAUGGUUGUCUCUUUCUUGUGGAGUAUUGUCAAGUUUGUGAUGAGGAUUAUUACUGGAAAGUGUGAGUUGGAGAGAAUUUGUAGUGCUAGAGUGAGUGGAAGUAUUGCUGCUGAUCAUUAUAUCCCAGUUACAAAGCAAUUUGAACAAAGUUUUACAAAUUCUAAACAAUUAGCCACACUAUUGGAGGAAAAUACAAACAAGGAAAAUAAUACAACAUUCAAUUAUUUGAGUACAAAGUAUACGGAUGUUGAUGAAGUUUUUGGGAAACUCAUUAAAAUUAAAAAGAAAUCAUUUGUGGAUGAACACUCAAAGAAAAUUUGCAAAACUUGUCUGAGACACAUGAUUAAUUUGAAUCAGAGCAUUGUUCAUUUGGAUUCUUUGGCAAGAACACCAUUCGAGCUCUCAAAUGAAAAACAUAAGGAAAUGCUUCUUGAAUUUUGGAAGACACUUAGACCAAAUCAAGAAUUGACUUUUAUGGAAGAUCGUGAGGAAUUGACCUCCAAGGAUUGGAAACAUGUUGGAUUCCAAGGACUUCAUCCUCAAACUGACUUUAGAGGAAUGGGAAUUUUGGGAUUACAAAACUUAUUAGAGUUCGCAAAAAGCAAUACCAAAGAUGCUCAAAAUAUUUUAAUGGAUUGUGAGGAGGAAUCUAUUUGGUAUCCUUUUGCAAUCUCUGGUAUCAAUAUUUCUGGUCUUAUUGUGGAUAUGAUUAGAGGCCAUCAAAUAACUGAUAUUUUCUACACUCUCAAUUUUGAAAUGGAUUCUGCUCAUCACCAGCAAAUGACCGAGUCAAUCCUCCAAGAGCUCUAUAAUUAUGUUUUUAUCAAUUUCCACGAAUAUUACAUUAAGAAUAAUGGAAAUGUUAUGAAAUUCAACUCAUUAUUACAAUCUUUCCUUAGUCAACCAUCUGUAAAUAACUAUUUACGUAACUAUUCCAAAAAGGAUUGCUAA